AUGGCAAACCGCACUGAAGACGAAUGGAGCUUGGUGAGCGACAAUGAAGAAGUGCUAUCGGACAUGAGCUUCGACGAAGUGGACCCUGAACCUGAAAUGUGUUAUCGCUUCUCGCAGACACCAGUGUCUCUGAAUGUUCAACCACGAGUUACUCUCACGAGAUCCUCGUUCCCUGAACGCCUGCGCGCUACCACUGCAGCCAUGCGUCCACUAGCACGAGAAGUAGAGCAGCCAAAGUACACUGAAGUCACACCUUUCAAGCAAGAUCAAUCCACUCAAGUUGACUUUAAAGCGCCACCAGUGGAGGCACAAGAAACCCGUGCAACGCUACUUCGCGACGUAUCAGAUCGGUCAAUGACGAUAUCCAACCAACUCCGUGCCAAGUCUCAAGACAACGAACGACUCUCGCUUCGUAUCGCAGAAUUGGAAAGCCAACAGGCCAAACUGAGUGCUGAGUAUCAGGAUAAUCUGAAGGCGAUUGCUGACAAUCUCAGACGAGAGAAUGCCGACUUGAGGAGACAAAACACGGCUCUGCAAGGUGAGGACGAAUCUUUGGCUGUGCGCAGCUUGACCGAGCUUGAAGAACUGGAAACGAUGCUAGCACGCGGCAUGGAGAAUGUUCGCUCUGCUCUCCGUACCAAGUACCGUGCCGCCAUGGAGAAGCACCGUGAACACGAACUUUGCGUUGUGUGCUUUGAAAAACCCGUGUCAGUAGUUCUGCUUCCCUGUCGACACCAAGUUCUUUGCGCUUCAUGUGCAUUGCGAGUGACAAGCUGCCCCAUUGACCGCCAGGACAUUCAGGACAAAGCUCUGACGUAUGGACUCAACGCUUACACAACCAGCUCGAGUUAG